AUGACCACAAGAGAAACUCAUGGGUACUUGUCUCCCGAGUGGACCUUCGACCUUCCUAUCACUCCCGAGGUGGACAUAUACAGUUUUGGUAUGAUGUUGCUAGAAAUCAUAUCUGGUCGUAGAAAUUUGGAUCUGAAGGUGGAGGAGAGAAGGUUGUACUUUCCUACCUGGGCUUCAUGUCAAAUCCAAAUGGGAAACAUAAUAGGCGUUGUGGAUGCAACGAUAGCUAGUGAGGCGAAUAUAGAAGAGGUGAGAAGCGCCACUAUGGUUGGGGGACUAUACAUUCAAGAUGAUGAGAAUCAGAGGCCAAACAUGGGUGAAGUGAUGAAGAUAUUGGAAGGAACGAUGGAGGCUCCUGCACCACAAAUUCUGAGGUCUCUACAAGUGCUGGUAGAUCAGGUAGACGAAUACGAAAGCGAUACCUUUGAUAACAACCUUGCACAUCUAGUGGCUCCAUACCGGCAAUAG